UUUGUAAGUUAUAAUGAAUCCAUUCAUAUAUUUUAUAAUCGUCUUAGCACUGACUAAAACUGUGUCAUCUCAAGAAUUGGACAUCGAUGAUGACUUAAUCAAUAUAGGUAAUGUUUCAACAGAAUCUAAUUCGAAAUUUAUGUCGUUAGAUGAUCGCAUAAAAAUACUGGAUGUUCAUAAGUUAAAGUUAAAGAAAUCUUUCCGUGAAAUACGUGAUAUAAUAAUUGAUCUUAGAAUGAGAAAUGCUCGAAUAAAUCCUGCAAAUUAUGAUAAAAUACAUGAUGUUCUCCAUACGAUGGACGAUUCAUCAUUCUACAUCAUACACCAAGUGUAUACAUAUUUAUUAAAUUUGGAUAAGAUUAAAAGUGUUGAAGAUGAAGCAAACGAUUUUUGUUAUGGCUAAAUUAAAUUCCUUAAGGACAAGAAAUUAAAUAAUGAUUAACUGAAUUAUUUUAAUUAAAAUAUAUUCAACGGUAAAAAUACUAAGUAAAAAUGUAUAAAAUAAAGGAGAAAA